UUUUUUUUUACACCCCUCUUAUAAUGAUCUCAUAUAUUCUGUUCACCGCGCUGGCACUUUUGGCAAUGUUGCCGUUUCUCCUUUACGCGAGAAAUCCUUAUGUUUGGGAAGACAUAAAGUACUUCGUCGUUGGCAUUAAAGUCGCCAUCCGCCUUUGCGAACUCAGCAUUCGAAAACCUUUCUACGGUAUUCUGGACUGUUUUCUGGACAAAGUGGCGAAACAUCCUCAUAAGAAUUUCAUCGUUUUUGAGGAGCGCUGCUACACUUACAGCCAAGCCGACAAAGAAAGCAACAAAGCGGCCAGAGCUCUGAGGACGCACGGCCACCUGGAGCAGGGAGACACGGUGGCCCUGUUCCUGGGAAACGAGCCUCUCUUCGUGUGGAUCUGGCUCGCUGUGGCCAAGCUGGGAUGUACAGCUGCUCUCCUCAACUACAACAUCAGAUCCAAAUCUUUGCUGCACUGUUUCUCCUGCUGUGAUGCCAAAGUGCUGGUGGCUGGUGCUGACCUGCGAGGAGCUAUAGAGGAGGUGCUGCCGUCUUUGCGGCAGCAGGGCGUCCGUGUGUUCAUCCUAACUGAGAGCUGUGAUUCCGAGGGCUUAGAAAGUCUCUGCGACAAGAUCGAGAAGGAGUCAGACCAUCCUCUGUCACCUCAGCUCAGGUCCAACACCCAUCUAAAGAGCCCUGCACUGUACAUCUACACCUCAGGAACCACCGGGCUUCCAAAAGCAGCAGUAAUUCACCAAUUGAGGGUUUGGAUGUUGGCGAGUGUUCAGACUUACACUGGCACAACCUCUGAUGACAUCAUCUAUGUUUGUCUGCCUCUGUACCAUGGUUCUGCCUUUCUGCUUGGACUUUGUGGAGCUAUAAAUAAAGGUAACACCAUUGUUUUAAAGCGAAAAUUCUCUGCCUCUCAGUUCUGGAAUGACUGUAGAAAGUACAAUGUGACAGUCAUUCAGUAUAUAGGAGAGAUCAUGCGCUACCUCUGCAACACACCAAAGAGAGACAAUGACAGAGAUCAUAAAGUGCGACUUGCAAUUGGAAACGGGACGAGAGCUGACUCCUGGACUGAAUUUCUGCAGCGUUUUGGUGCCAUUCGUGUCUAUGAAUUUUAUGGGGCUACAGAAGGAAACGUUGCCUUUUUCAACUACAUUGGGAAAAUUGGCGCCAUUGGUAGAGAGAAUUUUUACCACAAAAUUAUGUUUCCAUAUGAAAUAAUAAAGUAUGACACAGACAAAGAGGAGCCAGUCAGGGAUCCUCAAGGAUUCUGCAUGAAAGUUCCUCGAGGAGAGACUGGGUUGCUGAUUGGCAAAAUUCGAAAAUCAGCACCUUUCACUGGCUAUGCCAAGAAUGAGCAGCAGACAGAGAAGAAGAAGCUGCGGGACGUGUUCGUGAAAGGAGAUCUGUAUUUUAACAGUGGAGACCUCUUAAAGGUAGACAACGAUGGAUUUAUCUACUUUCAAGACCGCAUUGGAGACACCUUCAGGUGGAAAGGUGAAAAUGUGGCGACCACAGAGGUGGCUGAUCUUUUGCACAUGAUAGACUGCAUUGAGGAGGCUAAUGUCUAUGGCGUGACCAUUCCAGGUCAUGAGGGAAGAAUUGGAAUGGCUGCACUGAAGCUGAAGGACAACAUGGACUUUGACAUGAAAGCUACAUACCAACAUAUCAAAAAAUACCUCCCCAUCUAUGCAAGACCACAAUUCAUUCGCAUACAGGAUUCAAUGCCAGUGACAGGAACAUUUAAGCAAAUGAAGGUUAAACUUGCAGAGGAGGGCUUCAAUCCAGCAGCCAUCAUGGACCCUUUGUUCUUCUUGGAGGACAACAAUGGCUACAUUCCCAUGACUCAGCAGAAAUUUAACUCCAUCUGCGAUGGAUCAAUAAGACUCUGAAUGACUCUUGUCUUGUUGCAAGAUUGUUGCAUGGUUAAUAACAGAAUUAGGUGAAACAGGUGCAAACUGGUUAUAAACUUCUUCAGAAAUUCAUUUGAGCAUUUAUAUGCAUUUUCUGAGGUUUCUGUGUAGGCUCUCAG